GGAUCCACACUUGUUUCAGUAAUGACAAUGCUUAUAUUAACGGCUAUUCGUCGACCUAUGCGACACAACCUUCAAAACUGAAGUGGCUGAACAUGGUGGGAAUCGGUGCAGAAAAAGCUUAUUGUAAAGAGGGUCUCACAUUUUGUCAAACACCACUAGUUUACUUUUCCCUUCUCAACAUCUUUGUGCAGAUAGCAACCCAGACUAAUUGCCUACACUUCUACGUACAGCAGCUGCAGAUAGAUUUUAAAUACAUCGGCAAACACACGGCGUAAAGCGAUCUCGACCGAGAGGUAAAUAUGCACUGUUAAGCUAAUAUCACCUGGGGUUGUUCUGAAUGCACUGUAAUAAUAAUGACACCAGGAACCGGCGUAUCUCACUACCCGAGCAUUUCCCAACCGAUGUUUUCAUUUAAUUAAAACUGUGAAUUGAUCCAGACGUUGCAUCCUCAUUAAAGUUCACGGUAUAAUGAAUUAACUUCAAACAGGUUGCAGGGAUUGAUGAAAUCGGCGAAAUUAUAGACCAGGGGAGGUGCCGGACGUCGGCGUGUGCAUGUCAGUGGAAAAUAUUCUGUUCCAAUCACCGUUGAGUUCGAGCCGGAAAAAAAGCAGUCUCAGUCAAACCCAUCACUUGUUGCUCACAACACGGAGAGGUUGAAGGACGCUACGGAGUGCAGAUUGUUCAGAGCACAGUUCUAUUUGUUUGCAAAGUCGUCAAACGUGAACUAAGACACAGAAAAGACUAGCGAACAAGGAGUUUAGUGAACUUAGAGGAAGCACGAAAACAGGCUAUUCUGAUAUGAGUGUCAUAGCUGCACUCCGUAAUGCACGCGAGUCCAGAGUAACUCUGGUAGUGGUAGUGACUGCUGCACUAUUCCUCGACGAAUUCUUACUAACUGUAGUCGUGCCAAUACUACCCGUGAUCUUCCUCGACGAGUGUCUCCGUUACAACAACCCCACCGUUGGGUACAUACCACUGGGAAAUGUCACCGGGGCUGGUCCGCUGAUGGCUUACGGGGAGGAGCGAGCGACUGACAACGAGACCAAUGCACUCGAUGAUCAUGUCUACACGGAAUGUGAGCGAACCGUCAACACGCAACUAGGCGUAUUUCUGGGCAGCCAGUUCGCGGUCCGCGUUGUCAUAAGUUUCUUCGGCAAUUACAUGUGCGAAAAAUUUGGCUACCACUUGCCAAUGCUUGUGGGCUGCAGCCUGUUGAUCAUCACGACUGUAGUAUAUGCAAUAGCUGAAUCAUACGCGGUAUAUAUGGUUGGUCGAAUGAUACACGGACUGGCAGCGAUUCCGAAUGACGUAGGAGGCCUCGGCUUACUGGCGUAUCGAUUCCGUGACAAUGAUGAGAGACGAGGGUUUGUACUAGGAAUCGCUCUUAGUGGCUUUGCUUUCGGCACAAUGGUUUCACCACCAUUUGGCGGAGUCGUUUUCUUCUAUCUCGGGAGGGCCGCACCUUUCAUCUUCAUCGCUGGUUUUCUAGUACUUUUGGCGCUUGCAGAGAUUGCCAUUUAUGACCAUGGCACGGCGACCCAGGAAAAGGCGGAUGUUAUGGCCACGGCAAAGCUCUUGCUGGACCCAUUGAUUCUUGUCACAAUCGUUGUUACAGUGACCGCAAGUUUGGGCUUCGGGUUGUUAGAAUCCUCUUUACCUAUUUGGAUGCUUGGCACUAUGGAUGCUGAAGAGUGGCAGCUAGGUGUUGUGUUCCUCCCUAUGAGUUUGACGGUGAUUGUCGGCAAUGUAGUUCUGGGCUAUUUUGCUUACAAAAUUGGAAGGUGGCUAUGUGUUGCUAUCGCCUUGAUUGUAGACGGUAUUUCCGUUGCCAUGAUCCCAUUUGCCGGCAGUUUCCUAGUUCUAAGUGUGCCGAUGGCCACGUUUGGAUUGUUCUUUGGUUUGAUAGACAGUACGGCGUGCUCCAUUUUUAAUGUAUUGGUUGAAAAGCGCCACCGUGCGGCGUAUGGGGGUGCAGCGACACUGUCGAUAGUCAGCUUCAGCAUCGGCUUCGUAAUAGGUCCGUCACUUAGUGCUUUCCUUGUAAAUAUAAUAGGAUUUCCUUGGAUGCUACGAGGCCUCGGCAUAGUGGCCGUGCUACUCUCGCCCCUGUGCCUGUUUCUGCGGAACACCGAUAGGGCGCCCUCCUCUGAGACCAACGAAGACGAAAGGAUGUUGAUUCUCCAGUCGCACAAGCCGGAAACUGUGGCGUGCAGACAAACCUGACCGUUGGUUCAGAAUACAAAAACAAUUGGUAUUGAGCCUUGUAAGCUGUAAUAUGACACGCACUGGCGAAUUGGUACUCGUUCAGAAAUUCGUGCUUUAGAACAAAAUGGCCGAGGCAUUGGGAGGUUGCUAAUCCAUAAUGAGGCGCUAAUGUAACCUUUGG